GAAAAUCUCAUCAGUUGUUCACAGACCAUGUCCUGCCACCCAGAGGCAGUGUUGUAUAACUUUGAAUCCUCUGUCUCUGCCCUGAAUAUUUCACUUCCCUCAGAGAGACAAACAGGUAGCCUGGCCAGAGGGGGUGGUGCUAUUAACCCUGCAUGCAUGCAAAAACUACAGUGGAACUGCGUGCAUAUCCUCGGACCAGUUGUUAUGGAUGAAUGUGGACUUGGAGAGGUGAUCUUUUCUGCAGCAACACCAGUGAUGCUCUGCUGCUGGAGCUGGAGGCUCUGAAGUCUGUUGCGCGCUGCAGCAGACGGAUCAGUUCUGGAGUCGCCAGCAGUGCGCUUCAGCUUCAGCUGGACACACGAUCUGGAGGACUGCUCGCAUCGUUUGCUCAAAGUUUGCUGCCCUUUUUUGCAUGUUUUUAACAGUGGGAUUUCUUCUUCUUUUGAAGUGCACUUGGAGCUGUUUGUGUGUCUGUGAUAUGUGGAGAAGGCGUGCGUAAAGGGGAGAUAUGUUUUCGCUCCGUGGAAGUUUAGCCUCCUGAACUCUCAUCUUUUUUUUGUUUUUUGCAUUUCAAUUAUUAUACUUUAAAGUGAGGUUUUUAAAACGCCAGUGGGGGAAAUGGCCAGCGAGCGGAAACCUCGUCUUUGUGUCAUGGCCAAAGCGGAGAACGGGUAUGGAUUUCACUUGCAUGGAGAGAAAGGGAAGAGCGGACAAUACAUCCGCAAAGUGGAGCCCGGAUCUCCUGCAGAGGAGUCGGGGCUAAACGCAGGGGACCGGGUGGUGGCAGUGAAUGGAGUCAACGUGGAGAAAGAGACACACCACCAGGUGGUGCAGCGGAUCAAAGCCGUGGACAACGAGACCAGGUUGCUGGUGGUGGACAACGAGACGCAUGAAAGCCUGCGCAGCCUCCGCCUCACAGCCACGGAGGAGAUGGCCGUCCUCGGUGUCGGGCCUGCUCCUGCUCCUGCUCCUGCUCCUGCUCCUCCUCCUCCUCCUUCCUCCUCCUCCUCUCCCCCGGCCUCCCCAUCACCUCCCCCGUCCUCGGUCCCAUCCACCCCCAGCAAGAAGAGGGAGAACGGCUCGGUGUCCAAGCAGCCGGUCACGCCGAGCAGCCAGGUGCAGAAGCCUACCAGGAGGUCCCCGUCGAAGGCUGCGAAGAAGGAGGCUCUUGCCCAGGCUGAAGCCCAGGCCCAGGCCCAAUCCCAGUCACGGCUCCAAGUCGACCCGACCGAGAUCGCCCCACGUCUCUGCCACCUGAUGCGGACUGACACGGGCUACGGCUUCAACCUCCACAGCGAUCGAUCCAAGCCCGGACAGUACAUCCGCUCCCUGGACCCAGGAUCGCCCGCUGACCACGCCGGGCUCCGGCCACAAGACAGGCUGAUUGAGGUGAAUGGUGUGAACAUCGAGGGCAUGCGGCAUGCAGAGGUGGUGGCCUUCAUAAAGAAAGGGGGUGAUGAGACCUGGCUGCUGGUGGUGGACACCGACACGGACGAACACUUCAAGAGGAGGGGGGUCGUCCCCACGGUCAGCCAUCUCAGAGACUAUGACGGUCCGUCCAUAUCCAACGGCUCCCCCAACCCUCAGAUCAACGGCAGCUCCACCACACAGUCCUUCAGGUCCACACACUCCGACCUCAGCAGCCAGGGAAACAGCACACAGCUGGCGGAUGAUGACGGCGGCCGGCUGAUGGACCCCUUCGCCGAGAUGGGCCUGACCCUGAGCGCUACGGCAGCAGAGGAAAAGAUGAAGGUCCACUCCAAAGAAAAGAAGAAGGCGCCGCAGAUGGACUGGAUGAAGAAAUACGAGCUGUUCAGCAACUUCUGAGGCUUUCCACUACAAAAACACCAGAGAUACGAGCUCUCUGCUGUCCUCUGCGUGGACCAGAAAGAUCCCCCAUACAACAGAUUUUGCUCCUGGAAUUAAAUGUGACAAAAGGAAAAAAGUUGCACUGCGGAUUUGACUUUUUAAGCCACUUCAGAAACCCUUUAACAGCUUCUUUUCUCCUCUUCAAAGUAGAAGUACAACAUGAAGAAAGUGACUGCAAAACUGUGUUUAAAAUCACAGAAGGAAGAGCAGCAAGUUUUCACAAAUUUACCUAAAUCCCCAUCACUUUUUCUCUGCUUUAAUCCCCCCCGUUCUCCCCACUCCUGUAGAGACUAAUUUCAAACAAAUGAAGGGGACAGUUAUUUUUAUAUUUAAAAAAGUAUAAACAGCUUUUAAAAAAAAAAAUGUAUCCCAUCAUCAUGGACUGCAUUUUGAAGAGUUUUAUGGACACUGUGACGAUAAUGAUUGUGGACAUUGUGGGAGUCAGAGGAAGCCCAAAGCUGGCAGAAGAUCACUGUGAAAGAGUUGAGACCCUCCCCCCCUCGCAUAUGUUUUAUAAUAAUCCCUCACAGAGAAAAAGGACGGCCGUCUGUUUACUGGUUGUGUGUUACAGUACGUCUCGUACAUGUAUUUUGUACUUUUACAUAGAGCUCAUUAACAAAUGUUAUUUAGCACUCAGUCUUAAUAAUGUAUCACCACUAACCUCUUUUUUCCCCCAAAGUGCUCCAGUGCACAUGUGCAUAACAAAGGGAAGCACCACUAACAUUAAAUGUAUUGAUAAAGUAAACAUAGACCAGGGGUCAGCAACCUUUACUAUCAAAAGAGACAUUUUAGAUAAAAAAAUAAAUUAAUAAUCUGUCUGGAGCCGCAAAACAUUUGAGCAUUGUGAUGAAGGUAACACAGU